CGAUGUGUUACUUCCCUCACGUUUGCAAAUCAUUUUCGGUAAAAAUCAGGACACGGAUCGUUUAUUUUCCUUACUGCUGAGACGCCACCCAUUCGGAAGACCACUAUGAAGAGGUGAGCGCCAUCUCUCACUGAACGUGACUUUUGAAUUGACCAGGAACGAUAAGAAGUGUCGGACUUCGUGUGGCGUUUGGCGGGAAAUCGAAGCUUUCUCGGGUUGUUGCGGCAAGCAGGCCCCUUCUCCAGUACAGGGAGAAAUGGCAUGUGGUCCCCCAGUCUCCAGGGAUCUUUUGGCAUCCGAAUCUGGGAGGUUCCUCGCGCGGGAAUUUUGUGGGCUUCAACUUUUGGGGCGCAAACAAACACAAACUCCCCUCCUCCGAGGGGCGGGGCGGCGCCCUGGCGAUGCACCAAUCACAGCGCGGCCGGCCCUAUAUAAGGCCCCGCCCCGCCCUCCGUGGCUGCAGGACUUCCCCAGCGUUCCUGCCUGCUAUGUCCGAGACGGCCCCCGCAGCCCUGCCUGGCCCUGCGGACCAGCCCAUGGAGAAGCCUUUGGCCAAGAAGCGCGGGAAGAAGCCGGCUGGUUUGGCCGGAGCCGGUCGGAAGACGCCGACCCUGUCGUUGUCGAAGCUGAUCACGGAAGCUCUGUCCGCGUCGCAGGAGCGAGCUGGCAUGUCGCUGGCCGCGCUCAAGAAGGCGCUGGCGGCCGCGGGCUACGACGUGGAGAAGAACAACAGCCGCAUCAAGCUGGGCCUGAAGGGCCUGGUGAGCAAGGGCACCCUGGUGCAGACCAAGGGCACCGGCGCCUCGGGCUCCUUCAAGCUCAACAAGAAGGCGGCCUCCGGGGAGGCCAAGCCCAAGGCCAAGAAGGCGGGCGCGGCCAAGGCCAAGAAGCCCGCGGGAACGACGCCUAACGCCUCCAAGGACCGCAGCGGGGUGUGCCUGGCCGCGCUCAAGAAGGCGCUGGCGGCCGCGGGCUACGACGUGGAGAAGAACAACAGCCGCAUCAAGCUGGGCCUGAAGGGCCUGGUGAGCAAGGGCACCCUGGUGCAGACCAAGGGCACCGGCGCCUCGGGCUCCUUCAAGCUCAACAAGAAGGCGACGCCUGAGCCUGCCAAGCGCAGGGCCCGCAAGCGCUCCUCUGGCAAGGCCAAGAAGCUGGUCUUGUCCAGGGACUCGAAGUCGCCCAAGAGUGCCAAGGCCAACAACAGGCCCAAGAAGCCCAGGGCGUCCUCGGGAAAGAAAGCUGCCAGGGGCGAGAGAAAGGCCCGGGGAACCCCGUCGAAGCAGCAGCAGAAGAGUCCAGCCAAGGCGAGGGUGGGGAGGCCGAAGCCCGGCAAGGCGAAGCUGCCCUCGCAGAAAGCCAGCUCCAGGAAGGUGGCGACCAAGAAGUGAGAAGUGGGGCGAGAGGCCCAGUCUGAAAGAACCCAAAGGCUCUUUUAAGAGCCACUCACAUAGUCCUAAAAUGGCUUGACACUGAAACUGCAUGAAGCUUCCGGAACAUGGGGGGGGGGUUAAUCUAGGGGCCUGACUCUGGAGGGAGUUGAGCUGUGGCAGAGUGAGAAUGGAGGUGGGCUUUGGCAGGGGUGGUGGAUACUCCAGUGCAUCUUCCGGGGUCUAGCUACUUGAGGGUUGGCCCAGCCCAGACAGCUAAGUUGGGGGCCAGGUCACACUGGGGCCAGCUUUGGCUACUGUGCAGAAGGCCCUUGUAGAGGAAGAGGUCAACUGGAAGCCCAAAUGAGUUUAAACCAAGUGCCUCAUUCCAGCCCAUGCUUUCAGGUGGCCUAGACAGGACCUCCAGGGAUUCUGAAGGGGCCAGUAGUUAGUAUGUCCCUGAAAUUAAAGGGAUUUUUUUUCGAACCUCUAUUCUCUGGUGUAGUUAAAGAUUUUUUUUCCAUUGAGUGACAACUGAAAUGUGUCUGAACCUUAACUGCAAGAAAGAAAUAGCGCUUAUGUAACUUGCAGUAUUAGGUGCUGGUACUUUACGUAGACUCACAUCACUUCCGUUUUAAUGAUCCUGGUCUAGCAUGAUUGUCAUCCCAUGGAUUAUUUGAUAUGCUUUUGAUGUAUGAAAUCCAAGGGCUUCACAAUGCCAGUGUUUCCCCAGGCCAAAGAUGUUAACUCAAAACCUUUACCAGGAAUUGGAGUGGUGCCUGCACUUAGGAACUGAAUUCAACCUUCUGUGUCACAAAACAGUAUAAAGGAAUUUAGGAUCCAAGCAGAAGUACCUUUUUAAAAAACCAUUUUCCCUUAUUUUGUGAUUUAACCUUAUGCGUGCUUAGGGAUCAUCCCAAGUAUUAAAUCUACAGUUAGUGCAUUUCAGUCUAGAUAUUUGAGGCAAUUUUGAAUAAACCCACUGCAAAACUA